AUGGGUCAGAGCGUCAUGGGCAUUGUGAUGGCGUUGAUCGGAAUGGCAUUUCCACUGCUUGAAGCUGACUCGAGUAUAGAUGUAUCCUCUUCGGUCCUGGAGGAGCUCACCCGCAACGCACAGUAUGCCGCGGCCACGAACUGCGCCGCAAACCACAACGAGACCUCCCCGGGCUCAGCCGUCUACUGCGACAAGGGAUUCUGUGAUCUGAUCGCCGCAUCCGACACGGAGAUCAUCAAGGGAUUCUGGGGAUUGAGCCCCGGCGACACGACCGGCUACCUCGCUCUGGACCGCACGCACAAGCGCAUCCUGCUCGCCUACCGAGGCACCGUAUCCGAUGAGAACGGCGAGACGGACCUGAAGUUCCAGCACGUCGACGCGUCCGAUGCGUGCACGGGCUGCAAAGCCCACGAGGGGUUCUGGGGGGCCUCGAACGCUGCGAUCGAGUCGCUCCAGUCCAGCGUCGAGUCCGCGGCAAAGGAGAACCCGGAUUAUACGAUCACUGUGAUCGGACAUAGUCUUGGAGGCGCCCUGGCGACGUUGGGGGCCGUGUCGCUGCGUAAUGCGGGCCAUACGGUCGAUCUGUAUACCUAUGGCGCACCGUCGGUGGGCAACUAUGACUUUGCGAAGUAUAUCACGGAGCAGACUGCGGGCAAGAACUAUCGCGUGACGCACACCAAUGAUGAGGUUCCCAAGGUCUUGUAUCGGUCGUCCAGGGAGUGGUUGCUUCACCUUAUAGUGCCGGAGUAUAGCCAGUCUUCGCCCGAAUAUUGGGUCACUUCGGAGAAUGGGGUCAUCCCGACUGUCUCGGACAUCAAAUUCAUUGAGGGUGUCAAUAAUGAGGACGGGAACUUGAGCCAGGGAGGCAUCACACUGAAUGCUCAUGGUUGGUAUUUGGGGAAUAUGUCGGUGUGCGCUGAGAUCUAGUUGGCUUGGAUGUUGGUGUUGAUUGGUGAUUGGGUUUAUGUCACUUUGGUCGGGAAUUGAGACCCUUUGCCUGUCAUUUCCAC